GCAAAAUUUAGCCAGCUUGGAAUGAAUCAGGAAGUCCGUCGGUAAACGGAUUAUUAUAUGUCGGUGUUCGUGAUGGUCGUCAUCUAUAGUCUAUAGCGUCAAAUGAGUGAACUUGUAUCUGCAAUUUCUUGCGAGAGUAUAAAAGAUUCCACUGUUGCCAGUAUAAAACCUGUCACUUCUAUUCCGAGUAUAUCAUUUCGCAUUUGGUCUUCGUGCAGCGGCGAGUGCAGUGAGCAUUAAGUGAAAUAAAUUCAGACGAAUACAACUUAUAAAAUAAGAAAUUAGAGAAGAAUAGAAGAAAAUCAAUUGAAGAAGAAUUUGUGGCGUGAUAAUUCAACAAAUGGCCCUAGAGACACCGACAUGGCUGAAUCUGUGCUUCAUGGAGAAGGCCUUGCGAAAGUCGGAAAACGACAAUUCGAUCCAAGUGAUCGAUAUAUUCUCGAGACCGGCCACGAACAAGGGUGACAACUACACCAGCGACAUGAUCAGAGUUACUGUCGAAUAUUCACGUGAUCAAAGCGGCCGUAAAGUCACGGAAAAAAAAACAGUCAUCGUCAAAAUCGAGCCUUACCUUGAAGGCGUCCGUAGGGAUCUUAUUGUUGCAUCGGGUAUUUUUAAUACGGAGAUGUUAAUGAUGACAGACACCUUAGAUAAAAUGAACAAAUUGUUAGAUCCCAAGUAUCGUUUGGGUGGAAAAGGCCUAUACGUACAAAGAGAUGGACCAACUCUUUUAGUAAUGGAGGAUCUUGCGCCUCUUGGCUUUCGCAUGGCCUGUCGUCAAUCUGGUCUUGAUCUACCUCAUUGCACAUUAGCAAUUCGCGGAUUAGCCAGAUUUCACGCAACCUCUGUAGCCGUAUGUGAAAAGGAACCAAACCAAAAAGCAAUGUAUGGCAGAGGAAUGUUCAACGACGAACAUCCGCCAGAAAUGAGUGGAUUUUUCGUUCUAGGUGUUAAAUGUUUAGGAGAGGAAGUAGCAAAGUGGCCAGGAAUGGAAAAAUAUUCGGAAAAAAUUAUUAAAUUGUCCGAGCAUAUAUAUAAAAAAGGAAUAGAGGCAUCCAAGGUUUGUGAAGAUGAUUUCAACGUUAUCAAUCACGGUGAUUGUUGGGUGAACAAUAUGAUGUUCAAAUAUGACGAUGAAGGCAAUCCUAUUGGUCAUAUUUUUGUGGACUUUCAACUAUGCGUCUACGCGUCGCCGGCGCUCGAUCUUCUCUAUUUCCUGAGCACGAGUCCUUCCCCGGAUGUCAUUGAAAAUAACAAGGACGUUUUGAUCAAUGAGUAUCUUAAUACUCUAUCGGCGACUAUGAAACAAUUGAAUUGCAAAACACAACCGCCAACUAUGGAGAAGUUGAAGGAUUCCAUAAAGCGAAGGGCUAGUUACGGAAUGAUAGCAUCAUUCACGGUAUUACCGUUAGUACUGAUCGAUAAGAGUGAAGUCAAAGAUUUGGAUGAGAUCAUGGAUAAGGAUGGCUAUACAAAUCCGGGUUAUAAGAAUGAGAUUUAUAAACAAAUUAUGGCAAAGAGAAUGCCUAAAUAUGACGAGAUGGGUUUGUUGGAUAUCUGAUAUGUACUUAAUGUGUAAUGAAGAAUACGAAAAAGAAUUAUAUUACACUCUCCAUAUGUGCAUUCAAAUCAAUCACGGCGAAUGUAAAAUGUUAAUGUCAUUCUUUUAAAAAAAGUUAUGUUGCACUAUAUUGAUUUAGUAGCAAUUUUAAUGGUUAUAUUGCUUAUUAGAGGUUUUCACUUAGAAUAAGUGCAUGUGUUUUUAUACAGGGUGUUUCUUAAGUAGCGGGCAAAAUUUCAGGAAUGGAUUUCUCAUGCUUAAAGAAGAAAAAAAAUUAUAUCAACAUAGGUCCGGAAAUAAUUAGAUUUUGAAUUAUUAAGAUUUUUGUAACACAAAAUUUUUGUCUCAUUUCUCGUCUUAGAAGUUCGUUUAAAAGCAUCAACGAUGUUUUUCGGGUUCGCCGGCCUAUGUUUACAGGCAGACAUAUUGAAUAUUUCCUCUAAUUGUGAGACGAGAAAUGAGAUUAUGUUGAUAUAUAACUUUUUUUCUUUUUUAAGCAUGAGGAAUCCACUUAAGAAAUACCCUGUGUACAUAUGUAUAUAUUAGUGUUUUAUAUAUAUAUUAUUCAAUUAUUGGACGUGUUAACAAAAUUAAUGUUAACGAAAAAGCAAUAGAAGCAAUAUAAUUUAUUUUAUGACAAAUGCAAUUAAUGUAAAAAUAAUAUAUAGAUUAAUAAUUUAAUUAAGAAAUAGAAAAAAACAUUUGGUUAUCAUUUAACAUAAAAAGUUUGAAAGCGGCGAAAAGGUGAAACAUCCUAUAGUUUAUCAUAGUUUUAAUAUCAUGAUUUGAAGUAAAAUUAAAUCUUUUAAAUAUACUUUUGCUAGUCAUUAAUGAUUUUAUAUUAGUAUAGUUAUAUUGUUAAACUUUAUGUGUGCUGACAUUAUUAUUAUAAAAGAAUAAAUAACACUAAAAAAUGAUGCAAGA